UUACUGACAGGAAGAGAGAUGCACGCGAAGGUCAAAAAAUAAAUAUGGCUGCUCGCUGCAUGUUGAGGUCUAUGUGGACCUCAUUUAAUAGUUUAAAGCUGUGUAACAAUACACCUAAUCUUCAAAAUGUAAAUGGACCUUUAGUUUCAGUACUGGCGGUGCAGAGCAGAGGGAUUCGAAAGGUGGUGGAGAAGCAAGAAGGCAAGACUACAACUCUUGAAGGUAAAAUACUGGAUACACCACCAGCUCCAGAGCCCCCAAACCCUGCAGCUAAAUGUCCCAUCUACAGGUGGAAUCUCCAACACAAAUACGAUUAUACAGAUGUGUUGCUGUUGAGUCAGUUUAUCCGAUCAGAUGGAGGGAUGCUGCCACGGAGGAUCACUGGUCUCUGUUCUGAGGAACAUCAUAAGAUCGCCGUGUGUGUGCAGAUGGCUCACAGAGCAGGUCUGCUCCCGGAUCACAGACCCAAACUUCCUGAGGGUCAUGUCCCAUCUACGAAGACCCCGAGACCCAAACUCAACAGAUACCUGACACGUUGGUCUGUCAACACAGUAAAGCCCAUCUACAAAAAAGGACUGAAGUGGAAUAAGAAGCCUAUGCAUGUAGGACACCCUUUGCUUCGGGACAAUGUGCGUUAUGGUGUCAAACCACUGUACAUCAAACACUGAAAAAAGUACCAAGUGGAUUUUGUUUUGUCCCAAAUUGACCUAUUUCCCCGGCAACUGGACUCACCCUCUCAAAAUAUACUUUUCUGGAAACCUCUCUCCAUCUGUAUUUAUUCGACCAAGUGUUUAUAAAGCUGCUUAACCUCACCCAAAGCCUUCCAUUUAGUCUCUGCUGCUGGCUCUCAGAAAACCCUUGAGGUGAGGUCAUCGACAAGUUAAUUUGGCUCAACAUCACAAGUUCAAAGUAGGUGGUAUGCAUUGUUUACUCAUUCUCAAUUUUAUGUGCAGCUAAUAAAAUAUUGACAUUU